GUCUGAGGCAAGUAUAGUGGGAGCGAGUAGGACAGAGGCGAGACUGAAUGCACACAACGGAUAGGUUACCGCUCAUUUGCUAAGGGUUUGGGCAGAUUUGCUGCUGUAUUCGGUCUGUGGCUGCAGAAUAGCAGUGAAUGCUGAGGAAAGCUGCAGCGCAAACAAAGGGAUUUCAGCGAGCUGCCUGCAGAGUCAAACCUCCCAACAUCUGGUGUGCUGGAGGACGGGGCGAGCCGGAGAAAGAAACUUUGGAGGCGGAGAGAAAACUAUCCCCGCUGGAGAGAAAAAUGCACUGAAUCGGGAGUUUGGAUCACCUGCAUGAGCCGUGGAGAGAUUUGGCGAUCGUGGAAAGUGACAAGAGUGGAGGGGAGAGGGGACAGGACAGGUCCCGGAGGGCUUCAAGUCCACCUGGAGUGAUCAGAGAAUGAAUUAGUGCAAAGGUCGGCUGCACAGAAUCCCAGCCAGAGAGAAGGCUCGUUCACCUCCUCCCAUAAGAGUCAGGUCUACUCCCAUGGACGAGGAGAGGAAUGCCGCUGCCAUCUCUCCAGAACCACCCGAUGAUGGAGACCCCGGUCUACCAACUCCACAACCAAGUUCACACACAACCUCAGACAUGGAGAGAGAAGACAGCUGCCCGAGCCCCAAGCCAUGUCCUAGUGAAGAUGUGGCCCACAUCUAUACUGAGCCCCUCAUAUUGAGGUCAAAUGGCCCCUCAGAAAGGUUGCUAGGCGAUGAUGGAGACAACUGCAAUUACAACAACAGCCGCUCACAUUCGACAUUCACGACACCCAACAAGAGUAUCACAUCUCAACCUGCAGCCAGAUCGACGCCCAUCCACCACACCCAGCCGUGCCGGACGCAACCCAACAGCCAGCUUCGCAACGGAGCCAAGAACUACACACACACACCCUCGACUCAUACACACUGUCCACACCACACACCUCACACACAUUCACUCCAGUCCAACGGGGUCAAGAACGGAGGACCCCAUGAGCAUCCUAAGCUGGGCUCCCUCCCGAGGGGUGGCUCAUCCACCUCCUCGUCCUCUUCAGCAGGACCCAGGCAUACCAAGAAGUUGCAGUCCAACCCUUCCAUCACCUCCCAGAGCAGCAAGAGGAGCAAGAGCAGCUCCAAGAGCAACAGCUCCCACAUUCCCACAGAGGCACAGGACGACUGCUGCGUUCACUGUAUUCUGGCCUGCCUCUUUUGUGAGUUCUUAACUCUGUGCAACAUUGUGCUGGACUGUGCCACCUGUGGCUCCUGUGCGGGGGACGACUCGUGUUUCUGCUGCUGCUGUGCGUCUGAGGAGUGUGGUGACUGUGACCUGCCCUGUGACAUGGACUGUGGCAUCAUAGACGCCUGCUGUGAGUCUGCAGACUGCCUAGAGAUCUGUAUGGAGUGCUGCAGCCUUUGCUUCUCCUCCUGAGGCCCUAGCCAACGCCACAUGGGGCAAAGUAGAUGCCUGCUAUGAAUUCCCACGAGCCCAGGAACAACUUCAACCAGCGUCUUAUCAGAGAUAAGAAGUAGUUCACAUUAUAUUGGCUGGCCUAGUUGGCCAUGCGAUAUGUUCAUUGUUUCCUACAGUGUUUGCCAAGCAAAAGAUGCUGAGAGCAGUUGCUGGUGAAUUCGACAUACCUUUAUUGAUCACCCAAUGGGACAGCAAUCUUCCCUGCUUUGUCAUUACUGUUGGUUUAUUCCUACAAAGCUGGUGCACAGUGAAUUCCAGCUGUGGUCUAUGAGUGUCUGCUGGGCUGCUCAGACUGGGCUUCUGCGAGCUCUCCGAACAAGAUAUUGUUAAAAUGGAGCCCCUUGUGUCAUCUGAAUGACUUGAGUUCCCCAAGCAUGAAAAAUGACCUCCAAAGGCAAAUGAGAAAAUGGCUCCAGUUAACCGGAUUUUAGUGUUUUUGUAGAUAAGAGCAGCAGCAUAAUGGGAAAAUGGACACUCAGAUCUCAGUAGAAACCUAGGCUGUCCUCCUGUCCUUGGCAAGGUUAAACUCUUCCAGUUUUAUUGCUUACAGUGGCCUUUGUGACACUCACAGCCCAAGUGGGAGAUUUUGAACCCACUGCUGUCGCUGUUCGUGUUGCUUUGUACAAAUCUGAGAAAACGUAAAUGGUGGCUUGUGGCAAUAUAGGAGAUGGAUCUCUUUUGUUCAUAUGCAUCUUUGCUUAAUGGAUAGAUUUAGAUUAAUGAGAGAGUCACGCGUCAACCUGGUGAUGGGUCCUAAUAAAUGAGUACUGUAAAGCUCGUGGACACCACAGAGAGAAUGGUUGAUAGCAUCUGCAACACUAACAUGUGAAGGGAGAGCAUUCUUAAUCAAAAAUCUCUCCUGGUUUAAUGUCUCACGUCUUGUUUACUUUUACGUUUCAUUGGAGAAUUUUGACUGUAUCUAGUGAAUUCCUGCUCUUCUGGUAAAGGACUGGAAGGCAUCAUCUUUUGAAUAUGUUUCAAUUUUCUCUGUCGAUCUUGCUAUGUGAACAAAUGGCCUUGGCUUAUAGCUUAAGGCCUGAAUUCUCAAGUAGGUUCCUUCGUCUUUACCAAAUCUGUAUUAAUCCUUGUUUUGUAGAUUUUAGUUAAGAUAUUUGCAUUUCUCCUCUAAUGUGAAAAUCACAUUUCUGUGUUAUCGGGUUUUGCCGGGCUCUCUCUGUAAAGCAGACAUUGCUCAACAUCUAAUUUAAUUCCUCGAGUGAAAAUCUCAAGACAUUAUGCUAAGUUAGAUCCAUAUGCUCGUAGUAUGAAUGGUACACUUUUGAUAACAGGCUUGCACUCUCAUAUGCUCCGGCGCAUACCUUCUCCAACCCAAUACCUCUUGAGAUGUGAUUUGAUCUGUUGUGCAUUUUAAAAUUACUUGACACAAUUCUCUCUCCUGUCUGUUGAAUUACCUUCAUUUUUUUUUCUUGGAAAUACUGAAGAGUUUGUUCUUACUUACCUUACUUUUUAGACCUCUUGUACUUAGAAGUGCUAACGUGGCUGUGUUAGAUUUAACUCUAUUUUAAGGGUUGGAAUCUGACACUGAUGAUGGGAAUACACUACAGCAGCCCAGCUGCAAUCGCCAAAGCAGAAAAUGCAAGAUCCAUUUUGAAUUGUUCACAGAAUGCAACAUGUUCAAACUCAACGGAAACGAAAUCCUGGAGAGCCCUGGAAAAUGAUGCGAUUUUAUAAAGUAGGCUACAAAGAGUAGCCUACCUAGAAUAGUUUUAUGAAGGGAGAAUUGAUUUAAACGAUAUAAUGAUAUGUACAGAAGUAACAAUGUGCUAUUGCAAUAUGAACAUGAUUUAAAUACUUGGAAAUUCAAGAUCUGAGCCCUAGAGUGGUGCGAGGCAUAAAAAGACUUUACUUUUGUGAAAAUCUUCACAAUCUUCGACGUUGCCCUUAAUUGAUAAACAAAUGUAAACGCGUAUUUGGACCAUUAGAACAUAAGUGCUGAUUUGGGAUCUUGUAAACCACAUUUGACCUGAGAAUGUUGCCUUGAUCUUUACUGAUUGACUGUCAAAAACCACAUGCUUAUAAACCUCACUGAGGGGCACAGGAAUUUUAAUGAAUUAAUUAAUGAAUUUAGAGUUUGUGCAUUUGAGCCUAAUAGUUAAUGUCAGCAAGGUAGUACAGGUCCUCUUCCUGGUAGCCUUUGGUAAUAAGUUGCAGGAUCUUAUCUUUCAAGCUACUUGGCUAACUUGGCUACUCGCUCAUCUUCUGCCUAAAAGCAACUGUUUUUAAAGCAACCUGUUUUACAUGCUGUUUUCUUAAAAUGCCUUCUCCCAGCCCUUUGAGGAGAUAAAUAAAAAAUCUAAAAUUCUCCUGAUGGUCUGUAAAGUGCAAUGACAAGGUUGCAGCAGACUGAUUGUCAGUUCUAAAGUUUGGUUGUGCUAUUCAUAAUAAACAAGAUAAGACAACUUUUUAGUAUAAUGUCUGGUUUGAAAAACUUCAAAACCAAUUAAAUUUGUUAAAUUAUAUUUAGUCGUCCAAUUCUACUCCAGUCUAUGACUGAGAGCUGAUUUACAAUUCAUGUACACUCCGUUUAGUUGGACAUAGAGAGGUCCCAGAUGAACUGAUGCACUUAGAUGAAUCUCUGGAGUUUCAAGAAGAUUUUGAGAUGUGGAUCUGAUGUUGUUUCUCCACCAGAAAGGUUGUCAUCUCACUUUGAAAUAAUCCCCUUGUAUUCACGCAAGCUAUUAUGGUAAUACUGGAAGAAAACUCAAGUUUACUUUAAAUGAUUUUCGUGUCCAGUAUUAGAAGUGUUUUUGUUAGACUUACAUGGACCACAGAAAUGUCAGAGUGUUGACUUUAUGGAUUUAUUGUGUUGUUUUGGGAUGGAAUUGUCAUAUUGAUUUUAAGGGCUGGUCACCUCCGUUAAUAGUCUGAAAGUUACCCUACCCCGACUGAAUUGUUACUAGACUGUAGUCCACUAUAAUGUCAUUGUGUUUACACUACCCCAAUUUAACGUCGGUUUGAGUUGCUGUCCUGGAAGUCGCAUUAUCAUCUGUUUGUUUAAUACUGAAUAAACAAUGUGAACUCCAA